AUGUGCGCCAUGCGGGGGGUGUCGAUUGAAGGGGAGGAAGGAAAAAAAGCAAGUGAAGGGAGUUACCUCAGAGCUCUGCGAGAUAUGAGAUCGGGUCAUUUUCCAGGCGGUCCCUUGCCCCAUUAAAGAAGAAAAACCCCAGUGGAAAGGGAAAAAACGAAACACAGGUACAUGUGGAGAGGUUCGCUGCAGAAGAGAGCACACAACGCCUUUCCGCCGGCGGACAAGUCGGUAUCUACGGUGCAUGCACAGCGUCUCAGUCCCCGUGCGCGCGCGCGUGUGUGUGUUUACAAGUGUUUGAGCGAGUGCCGCAAACGAGGGAAGGACGAGACCGCCGAAAGAAGGAAGGAAGGAAGGAGGGAUGGUGGACAACUCGAGCAGUAGUAAGGCACAAAUGCCCAGCAUGUCUCAGGAGCCUGGCGUGGCCUUUCCUCAGAACACCUCUACAGGGGGGAUGAAGCUGGAGGCGGUAAUGGAGCAGCUCCAGCGCCAGCAGCAGGCCAGACUAGAAAUGGAACACAAGGAGAGGAAGCUGCGAGAGGCCCACAUCAUGUAUGCUCAGCAGGUUGCUGCCCAGCAGGCCAUCCUGGCAGCAGCCCGGGCGUCCGGGGCCAACUUCAUGGGCAAAGGCCUGGCUGGGGUGGUCCCCGGUGGCGGGUUGCCUCCCAGGGUCUCCAAUCAGAGCAGUGUGGACUCGGAAAGGGAGGACGACGAGGACAGAGGCCGGGAUUCCGGCGACGAAGAUGACGACGACAAUGAGAUGAUGGAGGGAGACGAGGGCAGUGAUGAAGAUGAGGGAAGUGCCAGCGGUCUGGAGUUCCUCCGCAAGCAAACCCUGGCCUUGCAGCAGAGUGCGUCCCACAUCGUGGCCCGGCCGUUUGGCAGUUACUCUGCGUCGGCCCCCCAGAGGGCCGCAUCUCCGCCCAUCCGAGUGAAGCAGGAACCCGACGAGGGCCUGUCUCCUGCGGGGCCUCACUCUGCGACCUCUCCGAACGGACAGGCGGACUGGGGCUUUGAUGAUCACUUCAGACAGAACGGGAGUGCAGGCUGGGCGGAUGACGCUGACAGUAACCGAGGAAGAGGAGAGGCCUCCAGAGACUUUGCUAAGCUGUAUGAACUGGACAAUGACUCCAAAAGGAAGGAGUUCCUGGAUGACCUCUUCACUUUCAUGCAGAAAAGAGGAACCCCAGUCAAUCGUAUCCCCAUCAUGGCCAAGCAGGUCCUGGAUCUGUACAUGCUGUACAAGCUGGUGACGGAGAAGGGAGGGCUGGUGGAGGUUAUCAACAAGAAGAUCUGGCGCGAAAUCACAAAGGGACUCAACCUUCCGACCUCCAUCACCAGCGCUGCGUUCACCCUGCGCACACAGUACAUGAAAUACCUGUACCCGUAUGAGUGCGAGAGGAAAGGCCUCAGCUCCCCCGGUGAGCUCCAGGCCGCCAUCGACAGUAACCGACGCGAGGGCCGUCGCCCGAGCUACAGCAGCAGCCUCUUCCGCUUCUCGCCCUCUCCCAGCACGGCUCCCCACAUCCUCUCGCCGCCAAAGAUGCACCUUUCAGCCCUCGGGGCAGGGGCCUCGGGGGUCCUCAACGGCCUGCAGGGCUCACCGGGACACUCUCUGAAGAAAGAAGACAUGACCCCCUCCAUUAUGACGGCAAGACCCUCCAUGGCGCUGGCCCUGGGCCACCAGCAGGUCGCAGGCUUUGCAAGGGCCGCGACUCUGGAGCAGCUCAGAGAAAAGCUGGAGACCGGCGGAGAGGGGCCGGAGAGGAAGAUGGCCCGCCUGGCGGAGGAGCAGCAGCGCCUGAUGCAGCAGGCUUUCCAACACAACCUGCUGGCCAUGGCUUCCCAAAUGCCCAUGAACAUGCGCCUGGCAGCCCCCACCAUCACCACCCGAGAUGAGAAGCAGCAGGACAUGUCUCUCAGCAUCUCAACCAAUGGAAAUGCCAGCAUCACUGUCUCAGUGGAAGUCAAUGGCACCAUCUACUCAGGAACCCUGUUUGCCCAGAAGUCUGGUGGGGCCCCGGGGCCUGCUGUGUCGGCGGGUGCUGCUGCUGCUGCUGCCGCCUCCCCAGCUGGAGCCAGCACUAGCUACGGCUUCUCUGCACACCUGGCUCAGACCCUCAGCCCCACGUCCUCCUCCUCUUCCAAGGGCUCUGCUGAGCCGGCCCCCAGCGGGUCACCCUAACUUGGGGGGCCCACCCUUUGCACCUGCUCCCACAGGCCUCCCCAGCAAUAAAUAUACAGUACAAUGAGAAACGGAUAAGAAUAACAAACUGUUGCACAACAAAUACCUCAUCAACCCUGUCGACCUCUUGGCUGUCCAAUCACGAACACAGAGCCCAAGAAUAUUGUGACAGCACGUGCCCAAAUGCACAGCUAUGCAUUUUACUCGAUACACAAUCACAUACAUGCACUACACUACAAACACACACAAUUAUACAUGCAUGCACGCACACACACACACACAAUCAAUCUACACACACAUACAAAUGUACAUGCUAAACACAAUCAGCUCAGCCAAAACCCACUGACAGGUGAAGUCACAACUGAACUUGAAAAGUUUUAUCUUAGAACAUUUUGUUUGUUGCCAUUUUGUCUUCUUUUUUCUUUCGUGUGUUUUUAGGAUGAUUUUUUUUUUUUUUUUUUCUCUCUUUACAUACCUCAAAUCAAGUAACCUGCAGUGGUGUCUUUACCUCAGGAGCUGUAGUAUAUUUAACCUGAAUCAACUUUAUUUUUAUAUUCUUUUAUUUUGUUUGUUUUUUGAACUAGUUGCAAUCAGGGGAAGUCAGGUAACUCUCUUACCGGUGGAACCUCGCAAACAGAGCCCCCACCUCACAGCGGCAGGCCUCCCAACCCGGGCCGCUCGGGUUGCUGCAGCACACCGUAGACUCGACUCAAACUGGUGAACGAUCGGAUGCUGUGGAUCAGCACGUAACGUACCUAAUCCCAGAACGCCGCCCUCAGGUCAGAUCGUGUCAGGUCCAUCGUAUUGGCUGGAAGGUUCAUUAUGUACACGCCUCCCACCGUGGCAAUGCCCAGGGAUUUUGUGUCCCAUCGAAAAGGAAAAUUCCACUCAUUGCAGAACCGCUCAAACAGUCUUUGACAAACACGUGGAGCACAAAGCCGGGGGAACGGCAACUCUAAUCCAGGCCGAGCAGACCCUGAGCUCGGCUCCUGUCUGAUGUCACUGAGCGGUAGUUCAGAACAAUCGGUGUGAGUUUGUUUCCCACCAUCUUGUUUGUGCACCCUUCCUCCGGCCACAGAGCUGAAUGUCAAUCCGACACGGGUGGCGUCAGUGCAUCGUUUCUCAGGUGUCUCAUACCGGCCUCUCUGCUCUUUUGGGGGGAGGGCAGGGGCGUCUCUCAGGAAGCAACGUGACAACUGCAAGGAAUCGCUGUUGAUUAUAAAGAAAAAGAAGGGAUUCGAAACCUGAAGAAUGCACAAGUCUACACGACUGUUCGAGAAUACCUCAUCAGACUCUCCCAAAGGAGAGCUACACUACAUACCUCAUGCGGCUGCAAAGCCACCAAGACUUGAUACCACAACCCCCCCUCACCCACGUGAUGGAUGUCUUACCUGACCUGAAACUGACGUGAGCGUACUGACGCACUGCUGGUGUUUUUUGGGGCCUAACGGAAUUGGGAUGGUGCUCGCUAUCGCUCUCUCCGCUCCUGUGUUCACUUGUGUAACUUGUUUUAUGCUUGCUUGCUUUCUUCUUCUCUUUUUUUCUUUUCUUUGUUCCUCAGGUUGUCUGAGAAGACAGGGGAAGAGAAUAGUUCUUCACGGACACGUGUAGAUCUGUCGGAUUGUCAACGGGUUUCGAGGUGGCGGUGGGUCAAAACGGAGAGAAAAGAAAAACAACAACAAUCGACCAUGUUAACCUUAAACUCCAAAAUCGCAGUCUGCGUGUCUUUUUUUUCCCCCACGACAGCAGCGAAAUGAUAAUGCAUGUCUACAAUCAUGUCACCAGCGUUAAAAACACCUUGAUCUUCUGGUUCACGUUAGCCUCUGGUUAUUGCACAGCUAGACACCAAAGACUCGCUCCUCGUGAUUGAUCCCUGGUAUGAUCCGGCCUGCUGCGGUGCACAGCGAGGCAGCGUACGGUCUGUUCUGCAAAGAAAAGAAUCAUUUAUUCUGAUUUAGAUUUGUUUUUCUGAAAGCAAAUGAAAACGUCUUUAGGUGAGGUGAAACCCCAUGUUUUGCGUUUUACGGCAUGACUCGACAGUGGCAAUACGUACAUUUCUAUCUGGAUUCAAAGACUCAAAAUCUGAUUACAUGACAUGUACAGAUAUUUUUUGUUGGCGGAUAUUAAAGUGUUGAACAGAACAGUAGCCCAGAUGCUGUGGCAUCCUCCGAUCUCCCCCUAAUUGAAUCCUUAAAAUAAUAAUUCAGACACAACACCUGGAGUUGGCUCAUGCCCUCUCAGCCAGUGUGCAUAGAGGCCCACGAGUCUGGCCCCUUCAAUUAAAGAAACCACUUUCUGAUAAUCCAGUAACUGUUGAAUUAUCCCUCAAAUUGAACGGCAUUUUUCUCCCUUUUUAAAGUAAAUUUUUACGUAUUUUGAGAUGCCACAAAGGAUGAAAAUGAAUUUUUCUAGCUUUAUCUGUGUUGAAUGUGAGGCAUUGUAUCCGUUUAGAAACCUCUUUAAUUAAGCCCAGUGGAUCCGAGGUGGGCAGCCUUGUUGCUUUUACUAGACUGUAUUUGAGCUAUUACGUGUCAGGUUUUUGCAAAUGUUUUGCAGUGCAGAUCUCAGUUUGAGGACCGGACGUCCUCUUUGGUGAUCCCUUCAGAACCCUGCAUGACACAUAACUGUAUUUUAUAAAAAAACUAAAAGAAAAAAGGUGAGAUCUGUAGACGCUGCCUUAAAAUCGUUGCUGGUGAGAUCCCUCCGGUGCAGUUUUCUCUACUACUGGUCGGGGAAAAAGUCUUUCUCUCCGAGCUUAAUCCAUCGGAGAGUAAUCACUUCUUGAUUUGAUUUUGGCGAAAACUUCAAUCAGACGUUAGGACAACACUUGUCAUUCACGCUGUUGGUAACAACUGAGUUUGGCUAUUUAUUUGUGUGUGUGUUUUUAGUUUUUGCGUCCUGGUGGACCUCGUUUUCAGUCACGGUUCAGCGUAAUCCUUUAGGCGCCGUGUGUGUGUGUGUGUGUGUGUGUGUGUGUGUGUGUGUGUGUGUGUGUGUGUGUGUGUGUGUGUGUGUGUGUG